AUGGAUUUAUCCCGCGACCUACACAAUGUGAUACCACUGAACUACUGCGACCCGCACGGGGUAUACCACUUGACUACUGCGAUCAAACACAGUGCUAUACUACUGGACUUCUACGACCCACAUAGAAGUAUACCACCGGACUACUACGAAUCACACAGUGGUAUACCACCGGACUACUACGACCCACAAAGUAGUAUAUCACCGGACUACUACGACCCACACAGUGGUAUACCACCGGACUACUACGACCAACAUAGUAGUAUACCACCGGGCUACUACGACCCACACAGUGGUAUACCACUGGACUACUACGACCCACACAGAGGUAUACCACCGGACUACUACGACCUACACAGUGACCCACACAGUGGUAUACCAUCGGACUACUACGACCCACACAGUGGUAUACCACCGGACUACUACGACCCACAAAAUGGUAUACAUCCGGACUACUACGACCCAUAUAGUAGUAUACCACCGGACUACUACGACCCACACAGUGGUAUACCACCAGACUACUACGACCCACAUAGUAGUAUACCACCGAACUACUACGACCCACACAGUGUUAUACCACCGGACUACUACGACCCACACAGUGGUAUACCACCGGACUACUACGACCCACACAGUGGUAUACCACCCGACUUCUACGACCCACAUAGUAGUAUACCACCGGACUACUUCGACCCACACACAGUGGUAUACCACUGGACUCUACGACCCACACAGUGGUUGGAUUUCAAUGAAUUGUAUUACUGUGAUGAUGAUGAUGAUGGUGAUAAUAAAGCUUAUGACAAAACCCACAAAAGUGAUGAUGAUUUUAAUGAUGAUGGUGAUAAUUAUGAUUAUGACAAUGUCCACGAAUAUGUUGAUAAUGUUUUAUGA